AUGGAGCCCUUUCAGGAGACUUCAGUGGCAGUUCGUAUAACUAAGAAUACACUAAUUAUAUACAAAGACCACUUUAGUGAUGCUGAGGAAGAACAACAAAGGCUGUCCUCCCCACGGGCCCCACCAGGCAGCUCGAAGUCGAAAUUCUUCACGAGGUUCGCCACCGUGUGCUCUAUAGCAGCGGCCGCAAACCCAAUCCCUGGGCAGAUCCUCCGCCCAGCCCCAAACGGGAUCAGCUCGAAAUCGAACCCCCUGAAGUCGACUGUCGAGUCCAAGAAUCUCUCGGGCAUGAACCUCUCGGGCUCCUGCCAGCAUGUCGGGUCCUGCCCGAUGGCCCACGCGUUGAUCAAAACCAUUGUCUCGGGCUCGAUAUCGUACCCCAUAAAGUUCACGUGCUCUCGGGCCGCGUGGAAGUAUAUGGCCACCGGCGGGUGGGCCCGGAAAGUCUCCUUGAUCACGGCCUUGAGGUACGACAUUCUCUUGAUGUCAUCUUCGGUUAUUCCCUUUUUGCCCUUCGUAAUCCCUCGCACUUCGUCUUGCAGUCUCUUCAUCACGUGCGGGUGGCGAAUGAGCUCCGUCAUCACCCACGUUAGGGUCCUUGCCGAGGUCUCAGUUCCCGCUCCAAGAACAUCCUGUUUUCCGAGAGAUCGAUUAUAUAUCUUUGACGGAUAUGAGGUCGAUCGACAUGCCCGAGACCUCGCCUUUAUAUAUCCCGAGCAAUAUAUCCAUAAAGUUCUCCUUCUCACCACUCUCUUUCUCCAAGUGAUCUCUAACAACAUUACUCAUAAUUUCAUCGAGUUCCCGCGCGCAUUUGUCGAGGGCCGCGUUGAACCCGUUGAGCCCGUUGAUCCAAGCCAGCCACGGCACGAACUCCCCCAACGUGAAGUUGAACAUGAGGCCCACAGCACGGUCCAUGACCUCUAG